UACCAGCAGCCCGCUGUCUGGACAGGCUUUGGGAAUAGUCAAACCGAACAGGCGAAUCGCGAGGGUAGAAACACAGCGUCUAUAAGAAGCUCGAAGUACUAAAAAUAUCCACUAAAGGGCUCUGUCACGAAUUCCCUCCCAUCUCAAAGACCAGCGUGGGGGUUUGGCAUACAUCCAGGCGGAGCUUUGCAGGGAAUGGAAAGCGGUUGAAUAGACUGCAGCCUACUCCCUAAAUUAAACCUAAGAGGAAACAAACCUGUGUAACCUGCAUACGCAAGAACAUUUCUUAGGAACAGAAAUCGCUUCCGUCUCUCCCUUCCCUCUGAGGAUGUUUAGCUUGUUGUCACCAUAGUGCAAAGGACAACACAUCAACAUCAACAGACUGUGAACAAUUAUGCCGCGCUUACUCAACAUCCUCACCUCAAAGCCUAACUGUGGCCCUGUCUGGGUCGCCUUUGUUCUGCUUGGCAUCUCAGCUCUAAACAGUCAAGCUAAAAUUGUCCUAACUGUACCUCAGCAAGUGAGCCUUUCAGCCAACUUUUUCAGUCAACAACUAACUAUUUCCUGGUUUGGAGGAGAGGCCACGACCUUUGACCUUAUCAUUUUGAGAACCGAAUUCAACGAAACUGUCUUUUAUAACACAGUCCCAGCAGUAAUGAACCAGGAUGGUGGUCGGCACCAAUGGACCUGGACUUCUGUUGAACCUCUGGAGUGCACAUCAUUAUCAGUCAAAAUCCGCUCAAGAGAUGGAAUAACAAAAAGUGAAUGGAGUGAACCUCAGAUCCUGAAAGGAAGGGAUCUCCCGAGCAACAGCGUUCAACAGGUGUAUCCUCAAGACAAAGUCGUGCCUGUAGGGGGCAACACAACUUUCUGUUGUAUUGUGGAGGAGGGAAACGAGUUUAGAGACUUUCUCUACGGCUCGAUAGAAAUGAACGUGAAACGUUUGAGUCGACGAAGUUAUGCCACCACCGCUGUUAACCAGAACUUAUCUGGACCAACUGGAACAAAUGUUUUGUGUCGUUUAAAGAACAAGCUGAAUGGAUCAGUCAUCUUUGUCGGAUAUCCACCUCUACCCACCAACUUUGAGUGCAUAACUAAUGACUUGACCUCAGCUGUGUGUUACUGGGAUGGAGGACGAGUCACCAACCUGUAUGGCAAGAGGAAAACAAGCUACUCCAUAAAUAAGAGGGACUGUCCUGACGGGAAGUGUGUGCUGCCUGAGUGGGACGGUAACUGGACUCUCUUGGCAGUUAAUCCCCUUGGCCAGUACAGUCUGACUUACUCAGCUGAACUUCUUCACAGAGUGGUGCCAGUAGCACCAGAUAAGCUGAAUGCCACUGACGAUGCCUGGAAUGCCACUGUGAAGUGGCAUUGGCCAUACAGUAGCUAUUCCACCCUGGCUCUUCUCUGCCAGGUACAACUGGCCAGCCACAAUAUAUUGCUUAGAAAUUUCUCAGGUGUGGGUCUCCAUUCUGUUUUCCUGCCUCACCUCCACCCUAACACCAAAUACAGAGUUCGAGUCCACUGUGGAUCCCUGAAUCACUUUUUAAAGUGGGGCAACUGGAGCAAAGAAUUUCACUUCACAACCAAAUCAUAUGUUCCUGAAGCCCCCGAUGUGUGGAUGUUUGUGAACAGAGACAACUCUGUGCGAGUUAUGUGGAAGCCUCUGACGCGAUGGCAGAGCCACGGUGUGCUCACAGGAUACGAAGUUACUCUCUGGAACCUUGAAGAAAAUGAAAACCAAACCAAUAAUUUAUCUCCAAAAGAUAACUCUUUGAACCUCACGGAUUGGGCUUCAAUCACUGCUGAUAAGAAAGCCAUUGCAUCAGUGAAGGCAAACAAUGUAAAGGGGAUGUCUCAACCUUCCAGCAUAAUGUUAGGUUUAAUAGAUGACAAGUGCGCUCCUUUGGCUCAGACCAUUUAUACCAGCAGUGGUUUCCCUUUGAGCUGGCAGCACAGUGACAACAGUACAGGCGGUUAUUUGGUUGAGUGGUGUGAAGCUGUGUGCACGUCAGACUGCGCUGUGGACUGGAUCAGACUGGACGCUGGAAGCACUCAUGUAUCCAUUAAAGAUUCUAUCGUUAAAUUCCAGCCAGGUGUGAGAUACAACUUUUCCCUCUAUGAGAGCCCAUCAGUUUCCCCUGUACUAAUACGGCGCUGGCAAGGAUAUAUUCAGGAGCUGCCCCCGUCUAUUUCUGUCAAUCUGGAGAUCAAUCAGCAGGACUGUGACGUUGUUCUUAGCUGGGAGGAGAUUCCACUGGCUGGCAGAAGAGGCUUCCUCCUAGGCUACAAAGUUUACAGAGUCAAUAACUUCUCCAAUUUCACACUACUUGACGAUCUGAGCCCUGAAAUGAGGACGUACACUGUGAAGGAUCUCUCUACCAGCACCUACAAAUUCACUGUGAAGGCUUACACAUCUGCAGGCGAGGAUACAGGCGGCACUGCUGCCAUCACGCUGAAGCAAUGUGCGGAUGGACUGAUUCUGGAGAUUUUGACUUCUUUGGGAAUUGUGACUCUACUACUGACCACUGUUAGUUGCUUUUGCUACAAGAAAAGAAGAUGGGUAAAAAAGGCUUUCUACCCGGACAUCCCUGAGCCCAAGCUGCCUGGUGAUUGGUCGAGAACACAGGGACCUUUGGACGUGAAGCCGUUUCCCCACAGUAUGGUCCACAUCAUAGAAAAACCCAAGUGGGAUUUUAGUAAGGACGCUCUCGUUAUCAUUCCUGAGGAAGAGGAUUAUGAGGGAGAGGGAAUUGGAGAUGAGCCGGUAGACACAGAUGAGCCUCAGCUGUUGCGUUACUACAACCAGGUGGUGGAUGAGCGCCCCAUUAGGCCGCGAUUUCCAGACUCCUCAGUUUCAUCCUCGUCUUCUGUAGAUUCAGCCAACACUGAUGUGACGUACACAGGUAUCCAGACAUCCCACUCCUCUUUGGUCUUCCCUUCAGACUCUCAGGGAUUCUCUGAGGGCUUCCAACCACACAGUGGCCUCUCUUUAAGCAGCAGGAAUAAAGGAGAGGGUUACCACCCACAGAUGCACUCUGUAACCCUGGGUGGAAACCUAGCUUCUCCUGAGCCCAUUGUGGAGCCUCACGCUGUUGGUUCUGAAGGCUACAAGCCCCAGAACUCCUGGCUUUUAGACUCUCCCACUGAGGGAGAUGAAAAUAGCCCGGCCCCCUCGCUGGGUUCACCCGCCUCUGUAGCUUCUACUCAGUUCCUCCUUCCUGACAGAGAAAGACAUGAAGAAAAGAGACAACAACCAUCAUCAGCAGCAAACUGGUUCACCAACCUGCUGUCAUCUGCAAAACCGUGACAUCAUCUCAUUUUGGCUGUUAGGUGAACCCUUUUCGUUUCUGCCACCAUUGUCUCAUAUCUACAUGCAAGGAAGAAUCCUCUCACUGUAGCACUGCAUUUUCAAAACUUGCAUCUUGACUGAGUUAAUGCCGUUCAAGGUGACUUUACUAAAAAAAUUCAACAAAUGUACAAGUUUUUUUCCCCUCUUUUCUUUUUGCUGGGAUAUACAUUAAAAUGUACAUGAAAAAAUGUAUUUUGUCAACAGAUAUCUACAGAUUUGCAGUUGUCUCUGCUCAUACGAUGGUUAAUGCCCCCCUGGAAAGCCUGAAAGUUGUUAAAUUAUUUUAAAAGCUUACUUGUGCAAAAUGCUGUGAUGGCCAAUCAUCUUGCAUUUGCAGGUUAGUUUUUGUUAUGUAAAAUCUAGAGUCCUCUAAAAAAACUAGGACAAAAAUAAGUUUCUCUGAGAGCACUAAAAAAAUAGAAGUCUUAAACACUAGAAACGUGUGAUUAAUGCAGUGUUUAGAGUUCUAUUUGUCCAUAUAUAAAUUCUAAGUUGACAAAAAGCUUGUAUACGCAGUUUUUUAAAGUCUGGUGUUUAUUGCGAACACAAUACAACAGGCUUAUUUUUGCUCAACAUUUAAUACAUUUCUAAAAAUGUAACUAAUUAAAAUAUUAAAUGGAGUGUACUUGUACAGCGCUUUAUCAACUCCAGAAGAACCCAAAGCGCUUAACACUACAUUCACACACUGAUGGUGGCAAGCUACUACACUGUAGCCGCUGCUGCCCUGUGGCAGUCUGACAGAAGCAAAGCUGUCGUCUUUUCUGCUGUCAACUGAUGAGUUACUGAAAGACAAUGUCAAGUCACUUUAACAAGAAAAAAAAUAGUACUAAAGUAGCUUCCAUUUUUUAUAGAUUUUUUUUUUUAAAUUACUGUUCUGAAAGAUGCACUCAUAAAGAAGUGGUGCUUUCUAAUGAGGUCUGGACAUGUGUGGGGGGUUGAACCUUUCGGAUAUACACUACAAUAAGCUAAAAUAUUAUAAAAACUGUUACUAAACUCAAACUGUUACUAUUGAGAAUUUUGUUUUGUCUUCCAUAUUCAGUGAAGUUUAUUUUGUUGAACACAUUUAACUUCAGGCCAGUGUCUUCUUUUAAAGCUAUGCUCAGCAUUAUUGAGAUUAUUAUGGGUAUUAAAUGAACUUUUCUGUGUACAGUGCAUAAAUUGUCUUCAAAGCUGUUAUGCUUCCAAGAAUUUGCACCAUUUCACCUUUCACUGCCUUACCCCGAAGUAUUUAAAAUGUUCUGCAGGUAUACAAUUUACAACUGAUCCAAAAUGCACUGUAUGGAGUUAUAGAUCCCACUGGAGUGUUAAUGUAGAAAAUUUUAUUUAAUCUUUUUAUUUUAAAUUUUUUUAUGUGAACUACACUACAUGUUACAUUGUCUUUUAAAUGCAUGCAGCCACUUUCUAUUUUUUUAUGGCUGUGGAGCUGACUUGUAGCUCUACAGCUACCAGUCAGAACAAAACUUGUUCUGAGUAAUUGUGUAAUUUGGAUUUUCAGAAAUUGAAAGUAAAAACGUAUGAAUGAAAAACCAGUGUACACAAGGCAAUUGAAAGUGAAAGUAGUUUGGAAACUAACUCAGACGUGUAUAUCAGUAUAAGUGACCAUUCAAGACAAUAGUGACACUAAAUUUGCAGGUUCAAACUUGAGUUCAUGAAUUUGAAUAUUAAUAUAAUGACUUGAUAUGAUGCCAGAAAUGUCGUGAGAAAUGUUGUCUUGAGUGCAGUAGCUUGGAAACUUAACAAACCAGCUACAUUUCUGCUAUGAGCCCAGUCUGCUUGUAAUUUGCGACAGUGACGGCUUUUGACAAAUUUUUGAAUCUGUGCGAUUCCAGCAUUAUUAGUCUGAUGCUCAAAACAGUCAUCACUCCCAUUUAUCCAAAUAACUGCGACACCAGAAUGCUUACCAAUCCAAGAAGUAGUUAUACAAAUCUCAAUUUUUUCUACAUGUUUUAUAUGUUGGGGUAUAACUCCACUGCAAUUAUGUUGCAGUCAAAACAUUAUUAUCUGGACACCAUGUGUCACUUUACCCACUCUGUCAUAGUGCCUGUAAUUAAUUGCCCCACAGAUUGUUUGGCAGCAAACGUCACUUCAAGAAGGAGGUGGAAAAGAUAAAAUACUCACACAGCAGCUGUAACUAAAUCAUCUAUCCUUCAUUUGGCUCAGACACAAAGACAAAAUGCUUAGUUUAGUUUUUCUGGUUAGACAUAUAGAGGAAACAUUUGGAAAAAGUGUUUUAGUUUGAUCUGCAGCUAUUAGCAGGUGUUUGUACUGAUGCAGAAAACAAAAAAACUAAAAUCUUAGUAAAACCAAUUCUUUUCCUAGCAAACAGUCUGUCCCUCACAAACUACACCUGCAUUUAUCUUGAUAGGCUUGCUGUAAACUUCCCUCACUUAUCCACAACAAGAACAGUUGGGUCUUUCCCCUCAGGUUUGUGUUGACAUUUUACUUAAAUUUAAAAUGUUUAAUUGUUAAACAAUCCUGGGUCAAAAAUUGUCUGCCACUAAAAGACAAUGUUAUGGCCAUUCUUUUUCAUUCACAAGUGGGAUUAGGAUAUUUCAAAUAGCUGUCUUGUUAUUAUUAUUAUUGUUAUUUGCAAAGCAAAUCUUUUCUGUUUACAUGACAGGCUUCAAGAUGGCAUCAAUGAAAACAUUGUUGUCAUACAUAUGGAAGUGCCUCCAUGUUUUCAGGUGUUUUUUUUUUUUUUAAGACUUUCAGUUUCAGGUAGUGCAUUUUAAAAGUUUGUAUCUGCUUAGAACAAUUGGAAGGCUUAUCAAGAUUUCUAUUCAAGGCUUUUGGGAUUUUAGGCUCAAAAAUAUAUUUGCCCUUUAAAGAGUCUGCAUUUAGUAAAAAAUGCACCAUUGGUGAGGCUUUGCUAAAGUAUCAGUAGGGAAUGUUUAUCCUUUGGGUAAUACUUCUCAAAAUCUCUGGAUUUCCCUAUUGUAUCUUUUUUUUUUUCCAAGUCGGAAUGGAUUUUUUUCGGCUGACAGUUGUAAAUUACUUUAGUGCCUCCAGCCAACAAGCUUUAAUGAAAACGACUGUGACAUGGAAACGCUAUUAAAGGAUGUUUUUACAUUUGAGAUACUGGUAAGGGGCAAUCAGCCCAGUUUUUUUGACACUUGCAAACUUUUUCUUUAGCUUGUAAAACUGAUUUAAAAGAUUGCAUACGAGUGUGCAAAAAUGGCUGAUUACCUUUAAAGUGUCAUUAUUAAUUGUUACAGAAUUUAAUUUAAAUGGCACCUUUUUUAAGAAAAAAUGUUUAUAUGGGAGUAAGUGAUUUCUUUCCUUGUCAUAACAAAAUGUUAUACUUUAUCAGAUAUAUUUGAGUUUAAUUAAAAUCUUUUUUCAUGUAAUAAAAUGUGAAGUUUUUCUAAAAAAAAUAUAUUGUAAACCAACUUAAUACUGUGUAGCUGAACUUUCUCUUUAUCAUAUCACAAACUAAUUUUUAACCAGUGUAAAUGUGACCAGAAAAGUCAUCAUUGGUGUGUGCAUAUUGUUUUUCUUUCAAGCAUAUUUUUUUGUUUGCUAGAAACUGCCAUCUCUGGGGGAAAAAAGAUAUGCAGGGUCUACUUGUUGUCUAACAUCUCAAUAUUAGCUCAAUAGUUUUGUGAACUUGAUGCAUGCUACAUAAACUGUAAAUACAAAACAGUGGCUUUGUGAACCUCUAAAAUUGUUACCUUUUUGCCAUCUUUGGCUUGAAACACUAACACAUUGCAUGAUAACGUGACUUAAAUGUUAUCUGUUGAACAAAUCCCCCUACCCCCUGGAUUUCUGUAAAAUGUAGAGAGUAUAUUGCAGAAUAUUUUAUUAAGGACCUGUAUAGUAUAGGAAUUGCUUCUGAGUGAAUGUGUACAUGUAAGACUCAAUACCACAGAUUGCUAUCAUUCUUGUUUAAAUGCAAUAAAUCGCUUUUUGUCUGAACACUUG